GGGAGGAGGAGAAAGAGAAAGGUGGAGGGUGGUUGUCUGUUCCCGGAGACAUGGCUCUGCUCCGCGGGGACGCGCAGGACAAGGUGAGGUCUGUAUCUGUAGAUCUGAAUGUUGAUCCUUCUCUCCAAAUUGACAUCCCUGAUGCCCUCAGCGAAAAGGACAGAGUGAAAUUCACUGUGCACACUAAGACUACACUGCCAGCUUUUCAAAGCCCUGAGUUUUCAGUUACAAGGCAGCACGAAGACUUUGUGUGGUUACAUGAUACACUCACUGAAACGGAAGAGUAUGCAGGACUCAUCAUACCUCCAGCACCUUCAAAGCCUGACUUUGAUGGUCCCAGAGAGAAGAUGCAGAAGCUGGGGGAAGGAGAAGUGUCUAUGACAAAAGAAGAGUUUGCCAAAAUGAAGCAAGAGCUGGAAGCUGAAUACCUCGCUGUCUUCAAGAAGACKGUCUCAUCACAUGAGAUCUUCCUGCAGCGGAUCGCUUCUCAUCCCGUGCUCAGCAAAGAUCGCAACUUCCAUGUUUUCCUGGAGUAUGACCAGGAUCUGAGUGUUCGGAGGAAAAACACUAAAGAGAUGUUUGGUGGCUUUUUAAAAAGUGUAGUAAAGAGUGCUGAUGAGGUUCUCUUCUCUGGAGUCAAGGAAGUAGAAGAUUUUUUUGAGCAAGAGAAGACUUUUCUUGUGAACUACUACAACAGAAUCAAGGAUGCAUGUGCAAAAGCAGAUAAGAUGACAAGAUCUCAUAAAAAUGUUGCAGAUGACUAUAUUUAUACUUCAGCUUGUUUGAACAGCCUGGCAUUGGAAGAGCCUACAGUUAUCAAAAAGUACUUGUUGAAAGUUGCAGAGCUCUUUGAGAAACUCAGGAAGGUAGAGAGUAGAGUUUCAUCUGAUGAAGACUUGAAGCUCUCUGAACUGCUGAGAUACUAUAUGCUCAAUAUAGAAGCUGCUAAGGAUCUUCUGUACAGGCGAACCAGGGCUCUUGUUGACUAUGAGAACUCAAACAAAGCUCUAGACAAAGCCAGACUAAAGAGCAAGGACGUCAGGCUGGCUGAGGCACAUCAACAGGAUUGCUGUCAGAAGUUUGAAAAGAUUUCAGAGUCUGCAAAACAAGAACUGGUGAGCUUCAAACAGAAGAGAAUAGCAGCAUUCCGCAAAAACUUAAUUGAAAUGGCAGAACUGGAAAUAAAACAUGCAAAGAACAAUGUAUCUCUUCUGCAGAGCUGUAUUGACUUGUUCAAGAACUAAAGGAGUCUUACUCUGAAAAUGUGACAAAAGCAUCAAUUGCACUCAAUGGCCAGGGGGAACUUAUUGGUUUGAUUUCAWUAGCUUAAAAUAAAUAUUGUCACUGAGAUUGUUUGACUAAUACUUAAAUAUGUUGAUAGUGAUACAUUGACUUUAUUGGUAUAAAUGGGAGCUGAAUUGUAUAUGAAUUGUCUGGAUGUAGCUAACAUCCUGUUGGCUGAUAACUCAAAAUGAGUCAAAYGUAAGAAAUGAAUUUGCUGUUGACUGACUUCAUCUAGCAGAAAAGUUUACUAAGAAUUCCUUUUUUGUGGGAUCAUAAUCUGUCUCUUCAUGGCCCUGAUGUAUUUGAAACUUGCAAGUGAGAGUGACUUAAGGGUAAUAAUUUUAUAAAGUAAAUAUCUUAGCAUUCCACUUCCCAGACAGAUUUCUACUACGAUAUAUUUUGAAUUUCUAUGACAAUACAUUCACUAUUUGUACACUUGGGCAACGCAGCAAAUAAAGAUGUCUGACACAAAAAGCUGUUGUAUGGCAAGAUUUUGUGUGGGAUGUAAAGUGACAAAGAGGCUUCA